UACAGUGUACUUAAACGUCAAGAACACAUGCGGCAUUUAGUGUUUUGAUUAUGUUUUCCUUUGCUCUUUCUCCAAUAAAUACUUAAAGUGCAGUUUAUUUUGCAAAAAUAACUAAUAAAAUUAGUAUAUUGUGGUGUAGUGAAUAACAAAACUGUGUGCUUUUAUUAAAAGCUUCUCGAUUGAUUGUGAAAUUCCCUUUUUGUGUGAUAUAACCUCAAAAUGAUUUACUUCAAUCGUGGGGGCGAUUCGGGGACUUUUCAUUUGGAUGCAAAUGAAUUGAAAUUCUCUGCCUUCACCUCCGACGAGGUGAAGAAACUCAGCAAGGUGAAGAUAUUCACAGCCCAGACAAUCGACCGGCUGGGUCUUGCCCUUCCCGGAGGACUCUACGAUCGCCGGAUGGGACCCUAUGACAGAGAUUCCGAUCCUUGUCAGACUUGUGGGCGGGCUUUUGUCCAGUGUGAAGGACAUUUGGGGCACAUUGAACUGAAUAUGCUGGUGUACAAUCCCAUCUUCAUUCAGACUGUGUACAGUGUCCUCCGGAUUAGCUGUUUGUCGUGCUUUAAGCUUCAGCUCACUGACCACGUGCGGUCACUCUUGGAGCUUCAGUUGCGCCUCGUGGAUGCUGGGUACAUCAUUGAGGCACAAGAGCUGGAAUUCUUAAAGUCAGAAGUUGCUGCAGCUUCUGAAGGGGCUCGAGUGAAGCUCGAAAAUGGAGAAAGUGUCCAUCCGAAAGUGGCAGAAUUUCUCGAGCUGCUCGAGAGGAGCCCUAUCAAUCACUAUCACAACAAGAACACAGAGGAAUUGAGGCUCAGUAUCAUUUCCACGACCCUCAAAAUGGGGAUGAGGAAGACCUGCCUACACUGCAAGCACAGUCUCAAGAGGGUCAAAUAUUCCUACAAGACGCUCAUGAUCGGCGUCACCAAACAGGAACUGACCAGCUUCUAUCAAAAGCAAUCAAAUGAGAUAAGUAGCGAGGAGAUACAGAAUCGCAUGAGAUUGUCCAACAAAGCAAUCUUAGCGGAUGAAUGUCGCGAAUAUUGCCGUAAAAUCUACGAAAAUUACCCUAAAUUCUUCCUUCUCCUCUUUCCCGUUCUCCGUCAUGCGUCUCCCUCUGUCGUAGCGCCCUUUGACAUCUUUUUUACAAACUGCAUUGCCGUGACGCCGCCAAAAGUUAGGCCGGCGGCAAAGAUGGAUGGUCGAAUAAUUGAGCAUCCGCAGACAGAAAUUUACAAGAAUAUUUUGACGUCAAAUGUUGCAUUGAAGGCUAUUCUGGAAUUCAAUCCGGAGAACGAAACGUCAAAUGACAAAGACAUUGAAUUUCUGUAUCAGACUUCAAAGGGCGGAACGAAGCAUGAAAAGAUAUACAAUGCUUGGAGGGAAAUGCAGACGCAUGUCGAUGAGACGCUUGACAUAACGAUGAAUCAGAAUAAGAGGGCUGUCGGACAGGGAUUGAAGCAGAUACUUGAGAAGAAGGAGGGGAUUAUAAGGAUGCAUAUGAUGGGAAAGAGGGUGAAUUAUGCAGCUCGAACUGUUAUAACUCCCGAUCCUAAUGUUGAUGUGGAAGAAAUUGGGAUUCCUGAGUUGUUUGCCAAGAAACUAACCUAUCCUGUCCCAGUUACACCCUGGAAUAUUCAUGAUAUGAGAAAGUUCGUGAUGAAUGGCCCUGAUGUCUAUCCGGGAGCUAAUUUUGUCGAGGAUGACCAUGGGAAGACCCUCAUUCCGCCUAAUGAUCCCGUUCGCAGGGAAGCGAUGGCUAAACUACUAACCACUCCAAAUGCUCAUCACAGUCUCCAGGUUGUACAUCGGCAUCUAAUGAACAAUGAUAUUUUGCUGCUAAAUCGACAGCCUACGCUCCAUAGGCCCAGUAUCAUGGCUCACAAGGCUAGGAUACUCAAGGGGGAGAAGACCUUUAGACUCCACUACUCUAACUGCAAAUCCUACAACGCUGACUUCGACGGAGACGAAAUGAAUGCGCACUGCCCGCAAAAUGAGAUGGGCAGGAGCGAAGCGUACAAUUUGGUGCAUGUGCCCCAUCAGUACUUGGUGCCUAAGGAUGGGACUCCCUUGGGAGGACUGAUUCAGGAUCACAUCAUUUCCGGAGUGAAACUCUCCAUGAGGGGAAGAUUUUUCACCAAAGAGGACUACUACCAGCUAAUUUUUCAGGGUGUCAGUCGUCAGCGCGGAGACUUAAUCUUCCUUCCACCGGCAAUCAUGAAACCACGAAUUCUGUGGAGUGGAAAGCAGGUCCUUUCCACAGUAAUCCUCAACAUUAUUCCACGCGGUAAAAAACUGAUUUGCUUAACGUCAACGUCAAAAAUAAAUUCAAGGGCCUGGGAGAGUUCCAAACCUAGAAAAUGGAAAGCUGGAGGAACUCCUCUGGAAGACAAUGUCAUGUCUGAAGCUGAAGUUAUCAUUCGCCAGGGAGAGCUUCUAGUAGGGAUCUUGGAUAAGAUGCACUAUGGAUCAACGGCAUACAGUUUGAUUCAUUGUAUCUACGAAUUGUAUGGUCCAACUUAUUCCACGCGCCUUUUGAGUGCCUUUGCUCGGCUCUUUACCUAUUUUCUCCAAUGGGAAGGAUUUACCCUUGGUCCAAAGGACAUUCUCGUACUGCCGGAUGCAGACAAGCAACGAACGCAAAUCAUCGAAGAUAGUCGCAAAAUUGGAAACGCCACUGCGGCUACAGCUCUCAAUUUGCCAGAAGAUAUACCAUUUGAUGAACUGAAGGAGAAGAUGACCGAUGCAUUUCACAGUGAUCCAAAAUUCCGGACUAUCAUGGACAGGCAGUUUAAGUCUGCCUUGGAUCAGUUCACCAAUAACAUCAACCGUUGCUGUAUCCCAACGGGACUCAUUACCAAGUUUCCGCAGAACAAUUUACAGUUGAUGGUUCAGUCGGGAGCUAAAGGAUCAGCCGUUAAUGCUAUGCAAAUCUCUUGUCUGCUCGGGCAGAUUGAAUUGGAGGGAAAGAGGCCACCGUUGAUGGUUUCUGGUAAGUCCCUACCCAGUUUUCCCUUCUUUGAGACAUCACCCAAAGCUGGAGGCUUCAUCGAUGGGCGCUUCUUGACGGGAAUUCAACCUCAGGACUUCUUCUUUCACUGUAUGGCUGGUCGUGAAGGUCUUAUUGAUACAGCAGUUAAAACUAGUCGUUCAGGUUACCUCCAGAGGUGUUUGAUUAAACACUUGGAAGGGUUGAAUGUGAAUUAUGACUCAACUGUCCGAGAUAGCGAUAAUUCGGUCGUUCAGUUCCUCUAUGGAGAAGACGGAUUGGACAUAACCAAAAGUCAGUUCUUUAAGACUAAAAUGUUGUCCUUCCUUGAUGACAAUGCCAAGAUAAUUGGGGAUAAGAAUGUCCUGGCUGAAGUGAAGAAUGACGAAGAAACUGCCGAUCGGUUGCACAAGUACGUCAAGAGUAUCAAAUCGUGGGAGAAGAAGAAUAAAAAUGCAUUGGCAAAGAGAAGAGUUUCGUCAUUUUUGAACUUCUGUGGUCAGAUGAAGGAGUCGACCAAUGUAAAAAAUCCCAAUAAGAUGGUCAAAGGACGACGUCGAAUUGAUGAGAAGUUAUGUAAAAUGUGGGAGAAGAUGACGGAGGACGAAAGGAAGGAUUACAGGAAUAAGGCCUUUGAAAGAUGCCCAGAUCCGAUAGUGUCGAAAUUCCUUCCGGGAUCAUGCUUUGGUUCCAUUACGGAAAACAUGCAAAAGCUGAUCCGGGAGUACGGAAGAGAGAAUCCGACACGCAGGAAGGAAUUCACAGAGGUCAUGAACUUGAAGGCUAUGCAGGCUGUUGCUCCACCGGGAGAACCUGUUGGUCUUCUGGCAGCUCAGUCAAUUGGAGAACCCUCAACACAGAUGACCCUGAACACCUUUCACUUUGCCGGACGUGGUGAGAUGAACGUAACGUUGGGUAUUCCGCGUCUUCGAGAGAUUCUUAUGUUGGCGUCAAAGAACAUCAAAACACCUUCAAUGGACAUCCCUUUCAAGCAGCACGCUAAACUCGACACCAUGUCGGAGAAAUUGAGGAUAAAACUAGGAAAAGUGACAGUUGGAGAUGUUCUUGAGUCAAUUAACGUCAAAACUCGUCUUGUUCUUCGACCACAGAGAGUUUGGGAGUACAAACUCCUCUUUCGUUUUCUUCCACGCGAUGCCUACAAGGAGGAUUACUGCGUAAAACCGAAACAGAUCUUGAAGUAUAUGAGUCAGGUCUUCUUCAAACUUAUGUUCCGCGGGAUUAUGAAGUUGGCCAAGGAGAAGAAUUCAGUGAUUGAUUUUGACGAGGAGAAAACGAAGAAGAGUUCGAAACAUGAGAAGGAGGACUUCGAUAUUGACAAUGCCGAACCAGAGGAGACGUCAGCUGAGAAGAACAAUUUGGCUGAUGACAGCACAGAUGAUGAAGGAAUGGAUGAUGCUGAUGCAACGGAAGCCAAUCGCAAGAACAAACAGGCUGAUCAGAAGGACUACGAUGAACCAGAUGAUGAUGACGAAAAGCAGGAUGCAGACGCGGACGCUGAUGAUAACGAAGAGAUCAACGAGGAUGAGGAAAAGAAGUUGCUGGAGGGGAAGGAGGAGGAAUUGCAGGAAGAUGAGGAAACUGCGAGUGUUAUUGAGAGCAAUGAAUUUACUGAAGCCUACAAAUAUGACAAGGAGCAUCAUUUGUGGUGCGAAUUGAUCUUUCACUUGCCGGCAAAGUUCAAGUCGCUCGAUUUGACGGCGAUGCUGCGUGAAGUGGCCAGAAAGGCGGUGAUUUGGCAAGUUCCCUGCAUCACUCGAGCCAUUACGUACUUUCAGGGUGAUCAGUUGAUGCUCAAGACUCAAGGCAUUAACAUUGUAGAGAUGUUUCAGUACAACAAACUCCUGGAUUUGGAUCGUCUGUAUUCCAAUGACAUUCACGCAAUUGCCCAGACUUACGGGAUUGAGGCGGCGGGACGGGUGAUCGUGAAGGAGGUGCAGAAUGUGUUCAAAGUGUAUGGAAUUACAGUGGAUCCGCGGCAUUUGUUCCUCAUUUCUGACUACAUGACCUUCAAUGGAACAAUCUCGGCACUCAGCCGAAAAGGGAUGGAAUCUUCGGCGUCGCCGCUGCAGCAAAUGUCCUUUGAAUCUUGCAUGAAGUUCCUCAAAGCGGCCACAGUUUCCGGCUGCACGGACAAUCUUAGCUCUCCGUCAAGUCGGCUAAUGGUGGGACAACCGUGCAAAAGUGGAACUGGAGCCUUCACUCUCCUCAACGACAACAGGAUGUUCCUCAGCAACUUCACACGCAAAGCUGCAAAGCAAGUUUCCCACUAAAUUCUACUGCUUUUACCAAUAAACCUCUUCCUUUUUUUAUUUUUUCAUUUCCAAAAUGUUUAGAGAUAUUUUGUGAAUAAAAAUAAUUGAAUUAUGGAUUGCAAAA